CUUCCGGAAACCCACCCUCACGACUUGCCGUCUACAGAAACACGAGACAACCGACUCUUCACCUCCCCCCUCCCUCCUCCUAUUUGCUGUCUAUAAAAAAUGUUGAUGCGGCAUUGGCGAUGACAUUGCGAUCCCAAAGAUGGGAGGAUUCGACCCUCAAAAACCAAAAGCUGGAGGUGUCAGCUCGGGGGGCGCAACAAGCUGGGACUCGUACGCUGAGACGGGCCCGUUUGUCCUGCGCACGCUGCUUGACGAUGUGCCCCUGUCUGAGGAUGGCGAUAAUGACGAUGUAAAGAUCAAUUGCGUUGACUAUCUCGGCGGCAACCUCUACAUCGGCACUUCUGCCUCGGAACUUCUCCAUUUCGUCCAGAUCCCUCCCGACCCAGCCGAUAAGAACAGCCAGCCUGUCUUCAUCCUCGCCUCGAGGCUGCGGCCGACAUACACCGAGACUUCUGUCGCUGGGGCCGUGAAGCCUGGGGUCCAGCAGAUCCUCCUGCUGAACAAGGUGCAGAAGGCUUGUAUCCUGUGCAACAAUACCGUCACAUUCUACUCUCUUCCAGAGCUGAGCCCUGUGUUCGGCACGGUCCGGGUUAAGAACUGCUACUGGAUAGGAGGUCUGGACUUGAACCUGCUCGAGGAGGAUGCAGGGGAGGCCCACGAUGACCACCAGCGCCCCAGUGGAGAGACCAUUAUGCUGUCUCUGGCCAGAAAGAUCCAGGUUGUCCGCGUGGGAGAUGAUGCCAGGGUUUUCAAGCAGAUCGACUUCUCUGGGAGCACCAUAUCGGUCCGGCGCGACUCGAUCGCCUGUGUGGCUGACUCCAGGAACUAUGCGCUGCUGGAUGUCGACCGGCAGCUAAAGAUUCCACUCAUGGCCAUCUCCUCUCUCGACGACUCGCAGCCAAACAUCGGCCAGGCCCAGAAUAUCGCUGGCAACUCUGACGUUGGGAUUCUGCGAAGCUCUUCCUCGGCGCAGCCUCGGCCUUUGAGCUCUGCGCAGGGUGAGGCCCAGGGCCACAGUCGCAGCACGAGCCUUGGCGGCUUCAUGUCACAUGCCAUCAGGAGACAAGGCGGCAACAAUUCUGGAGACGGUGGCCAGCACGAGUCGGAUGCUCAGGGCUCUGAUUCGCCACGUCGCGCAGCAAGUCCAGACAAACAGCAGGGCAGCAGAAGCAGCAGCACCCAGGGGCUCGCCGGCUCCAUGGACAAGGCUCUGCCCAACCCUCCCGACGCGGAUACUUUACAGGUUUCCAGACCGCCACAUGUCGGCCCCCCAAAGGCAGCUGCUGCCCCAGUGAUAUUGAAACCACAUAUUGUGUCCCCAACGCCUGAUGAGUUCCUACUUGUGACUGGCACUGGACCUCAGGACCCCGGCAUCGGCAUAUUUGUGAAUCUUGAUGGCGAUCCUACAAGACCGACUCUUGAAUUUGACAAAUAUCCCAAGGAGAUCGUCGUUGAUGGAGGGGGCGCUGACAUGUCCUCAUCAAGGCCCUCUCUAGGAGAAGAAGAAGAGGGAUACGUUCUCGCAUCACUGACAAGACAGUUCGAAGACGGGCUCCAUGCCGGUCUCGAAGUGCAGCGAUGGGACCUCAACGUGGGCGAAGGAGAGCCUCAGAAAUUCUGGCUCGAGCCUCCGACAUCGACGACGAGAAGCGCAGAAGGCACCGAUAACAAUCCUCCCACACUGGGCAUCCGAUUACUCAGGAGCAGCGAGGAGUCAAAUCUCCAGGGAGUGGUGGACAGACUCUGCCAAAAGAAGUUCUCUCCAUUUUCCAUAGGGCAACAGCAGCUUGAGUCCUCGGCCAUGUCGCUGAGGAGUGUCGACUCUCGGACCGCUCUCUCCCUCGAGAGGCUGAACAAGGAAAGAGAGCUUUUUGAGAGAGACGAUGACGAAUCAUCACCGUUACCAGAGGGCUGGGAGGCGAUGCGAAACGAGGAGGAGGAAGCCUUUGCAAGGAGAUUUGCAAAGACCACCUCCCGGCUGGCGGUCUGGUCUGGCAACCGCCUGUGGUGGGCAGUGCGGAACCCGCUGCUCUUGCAGCUGGACGCAGGCAUCGCAUCCACCGCCAUGGAACAGCACGCACCGCCUCACACAGCCGAAGAGCGCCGCCAGCUCUUCUCUAUCCUGGCGACCAUACGUGGACGCGACCCAACAACCGAGCUGGAGUUCAUGACGUUCAACUACAUCAAACAAAGAGCAAGUGUGCUCCUCUUCACGAGCUUUCUUCACUCGCAAGACACGGCAUAUCCACCUGAACUCAAAGCCAUGGAAGAGGUUCUACUGGACUCGAAUCUCGAUCCUAGAGUCAUCCUUGGUCUCAUUCCUGGCCUGCGGAACGAGAUCCUCGAGCCUAAAAAGGGUAUAUGGGUAUCGGGAGGCGUCAAGGGAACUGUGGAGAGGUAUAUGGCAUCAGAAAAGUCUGGCCAGAUUGGCCGCAGCGUUAGUGACCUGGCGGAGUCGACCUUGCUCUUUGUCAAGUCGUAUCUCUGGUCAACCAGGAGGAAGAAAGGUCUCGCCAGCACCGGCAACGAGGGCGAGGUAUUUAGGACCGUCGAUGCUGCACUGCUGGUAGUCCUCCUCGAGCUCGAUAAGGACUCGGCGCCCGGCCUGGGCAAGAGCGGCAGCAUUCGCUCCGAGCUGUAUGAGCUUGUCGAUAAGGGUGUCGACUGCUUUGACCGGGCCGUGGACCUGCUCGAGUCCUAUCACCGGCUCUUUGUACUGAGCCGUCUCUACCAGAGCCGUAAGAUGGCGUCUGACGUCCUAUACACGUGGAGGCGGAUCAUCCAGGGAGAGCAGGACAAGGGUGGCGAGCUCAGGGACGGGGAGCUGCGGGUCCGCGAGUACCUGUCCAAAAUCAGCAGCCAGCCCAUCGUCCAGGAGUAUGGCCUCUGGCUGGCGAACCGCAACCCAAAGCUUGGUGUGCAGGUCUUUGCAGACGACAGGGGCCGCGCCCCCCAAUUCGAGCCCGCCCAGGUGGUCGCCCUCCUCCGCGACGAGGCGCCCGAUGCCGUGAAAUACUACCUCGAGCAUCUUGUCUUUGGCAAGGGACACACAGCCUACGUCAACGAGCUCAUCACAUACUAUCUCGACAUCGUCAUCAACCAGCUCAGGUCAUCUGCCCCGGCAAGGGAGGCCAUGGCGAGCACAUAUCUGGCGUACAGAGCACUGCGGCCGCCCAAACCAACCUACAGACAGUUUCUCCAGGAGAACGCGCCACCCGAGGAUGAAGCCUGGCAGGGCCGACUGCGGCUCCUCCAGCUCCUCGGCGAGACGCACGAGUACGACUUCAAGGCCAUCCGGGCGCGCAUCUCCGACGCCCUGCCCGCCGCCCGAGCAGAGGAACAACUCCUCGUCCCCGAGACCAUCAUCCUCGACGGACGCGAACGCCGACACGAGUCCGCCCUGCGCCUCCUCGUCCACCGCCUGGGCGACUACGACACGGCCGUGUCGUACUGCCUCCGCGGCGGCGCGAGCAUCUACACGCCGCACCCAGGCCGACGAGCCUCCAUGCCCACCGAGGACACACAGGCAGGCCUCUUCCGUGUCCUGCUCCGCGAGUUCCUCGCCAUCGAGGAUGUCAGCGACCGCGUGGAACAGACGGGCGCCCUGCUGGAGCGGUUCGGCGGCUGGUUCGACGUCAUGGAGGUGCUGGAGCAGAUCCCCGAGGGCUGGUCCGUAGAGGUCGUCGCCGGGUUCCUGGUCACUGCGCUCCGGCGGAUGGUGUCUGAGCGGCACGAGGUGGACAUUGCCAGCCGCCUGAGCUCGGCGGAGAACCUGCGGGUGAACUGGGACCUGCUGAUGAAGAUUGACGAGAAAGGCCCGACGGUCGAGACGGGAAGUUGA